AAGCGCAAAAAAAAGUACGUUUUGGUUAAAAUAUAAGGUUUUGUGGAGCCCUAAUUUGAAUUUGGUGAAGCAGUGCAGUGAAAAUCGCGUUUCCGCCAAAUGGAGGUUCUGUACUCGAAGCUCUACGACAAGUACACCAAACUCAAGACUAAGAAACUCUCCGAUUUGGAUCACGUCAACAAGGAACAAGAGCUCAAAUUCGUCAAUUUCUUGUCCGUUGCGGAGGAGCUGAUAGAGGACUUGAGGACCGAAAAGGAAGAGCUUCUUGGACAAGUCAAUGCGUUGAUAACUGAGUUGGCUUCGCUUAGAAGUGCCGAGGACAAGCAGGUAGCGGAUUAUCAGAGGCUUUUGAUGGUGGAAAGCGAGAAAAAUGAAACUCUUUCUGAAGAAGUUGAAAAGUUGUUAAAGCUUCUCCAGGAAGGAACAUCUCAUAGUUUAAAUAAUAACAGUAAGAUCAUGACUUUAGAUGAUCAGUUUAAGACUAAUUCUAACAGUUCAUCUUUAAAAAUGACAAGGUUUAUAUCUUUUGAAAAUGAAGGUAAUUCUGUGGAGAGGGAAUCAACACAAAACGCUUUCAAGGAGACCGUUUCUAGUGAGCUGCUGCAGUGCGGUACUAAGACUAAUGAUCAAUCAGGCAUUGAUUUACAGGAGAGUGGACAUGGUAACUGGCUUAUUCAAGCUCUUUUUGUGUAUGCACUGGGCAUGAAAUUAUCCACCGACUAUCAAUCUGGACGAGUAUGCCUUUCUGCACUGCAUCAAUCAAGUGGUUACUCCUUCAGUUUGUCAUGGAUUAGUAAAUCACCUGGAGAGGAAGCAGAGCUGCUGUACCAUGUUUUAUCUCUAGGCGCAUUUGAAAGAGUGGCACCAGAAUGGAUGAGGGAGGACAUCAUGUUCAGCCCUAGCAUGUUGCCCAACUUCUUUGAAAGGGUAUCUCAUGUUGUCAAGUUGAACCACUAAUGUUUUUGUAGCAUCCAUUCCCCUACUUCCCAUCCUUUGAAUGUACAUUUACUGUACAUAUUUCCUGCUUUAUUUGGAGAACAUUAAGUUGAGCUAUGCAUGUAAGCUUUCUUUCUGUCCAAUCCCAUUUCAUUUGCCCGUUGCAAAUUCAAAGAAUUUGUAAGUUUUUUUUUUUUUAACUAAGAAUUUGUAAGGUUUAUUUGGAGCUUUUAGGGCUUGUUUAACUUAGCUUAUCAUAUACUAAAGCUACAGUUUGGUUAAGCUUAUGAAUGGGACUGGCAUUUCUUCA